UCACCUUUGCGGCUGUCUGCAGCCACAGCUCGUGCGCACACACACACACACACACACACAGGGAGAUGGAGAUAGACCAGCAGAGGUGCAUCAUUCUGCUGAUCCAUGCACCUUUCUGUUAUUAAGAGAAGCAGAAGCAGCAGCAGCAGCUCCUCGAUCGGAUCCCUCCUCCCUUUUAUUUUGCCUAUCUCCAUCCCGCGACAGCCUACCCGGAGGAAAGGAGUCUGGGAGGAGGGUGGAGGUGGGGGGGGAAGCGAGGACACACCCGCACAUACAGUACUGUACCCGGUGUAACGCGGCGAGGAUGCAGCAGACAACAUGAGGUGAAGAGAAAAGCAUCGACUGGCCCAAUUUGGAAUUUUUUUAUUUUCUACUCGCUCUGGAGACCUGGAGAGAUUUGUCGCAGCUGGUUCGUCACCUCCCUGGUACCAGUGUCCGGCAGGAGCAUCAACUCACAUCACAUAUGAAAAAGAUGUCUGCAGUUGGAUCCUAGGUGACAUCCUGUGGCCGUCACGUCUCUACGGCGUCGAGCCCCCUCCCUUUCCCGACCCCUGCCUGCAGUUCUCCAGGCUGCAGGACCCAGACUCACUGAAAAGUGCAGGCCUCCUCCCCCCGCAGAAUGACUAUCGCUACGGGCGACCCCUCUGACGAGGCGGCCGCACACCCGGGGCUUCCGCUGGAUUACGACCCGGAGGCCGACCAUGAGUGCUGCGAGAGGGUCGUCAUCAACAUCUCAGGGCUGCUCUUUGAGACUCAACUCAAAACCCUCUCGCAGUUCCCAGAGACUCUGCUGGGGGACCCCAAAAAGAGGAUGCGCUACUUUGACCCGCUGAGGAACGAGUACUUUUUUGACAGGAACAGGCCCAGCUUUGACGCCAUAUUGUAUUAUUACCAAUCGGGGGGCCGGCUAAGAAGGCCGGUCAACGUCACCCUCGAUAUUUUCUCAGAGGAGAUCCGCUUCUACGAGCUGGGCGAUGAGGCCAUCGAGAUUUUCAGAGAGGACGAGGGUUUCGUCAAGGAGGAGGAGCGGCCUCUUCCUGAUAAUGAGUUUCAGAGACAGGUGUGGCUGCUGUUCGAGUACCCAGAGAGCUCAGGUCCUGCUAGGAUUAUCGCCAUAAUCUCUGUCAUGGUCAUCCUGAUAUCUAUCGUCAGUUUCUGCUUGGAGACCCUGCCCAUUUUCCGCAACGACGAAGACGAUAUGCACAAGUCUCACACGAAAGUCUACUAUCCCGAGACCAACACCACGAUCAUCAGCUACACAUCCACCUACUUCACCGACCCCUUCUUCAUCCUGGAGACUCUCUGCAUUAUAUGGUUCUCCUUUGAGUUUCUAGUGCGCCUCUUUGCCUGCCCUAGCAAAGCAGGCUUUUUUGGUAAUAUGAUGAACAAUAUCGACAUUGUUGCGAUCAUCCCAUACUUCAUCACUCUCGGCACGGAGCUCGCCGAAAAGCCGGACGACGGAGGAGCGGGUCAGCAAGCCAUGUCUUUAGCCAUUCUCAGGGUCAUCCGCUUGGUGCGAGUGUUCAGAAUUUUCAAGCUUUCUCGUCACUCCAAGGGGCUCCAGAUUUUGGGUCAGACCCUGAAAGCCAGCAUGAGGGAGCUCGGCCUGCUCAUUUUCUUCCUCUUCAUAGGGGUCAUCCUCUUCUCGAGCGCCGUCUACUUCGCCGAAGCGGACGAGCCCGAUUCGCAGUUCACAAGCAUCCCGGAUGCGUUCUGGUGGGCGGUGGUGUCCAUGACGACGGUCGGCUACGGCGACAUGGUCCCAACUACAAUCGGUGGCAAGAUCGUGGGCUCCCUCUGCGCCAUCGCGGGCGUGCUGACCAUCGCCUUGCCCGUGCCUGUCAUCGUGUCCAACUUCAACUACUUCUACCACCGCGAGACGGAAGGCGAAGAACAGGCGCAGUACCUGCAGGUCAACGUGCCCAAAACCGACUCUAACGAGGAGCUGAAGAAGAGCCGGAGCGGCUCCACCAUUAGUAAAUCGGACUACAUGGAGAUCCAGGAGGCUGUGAACAACAGCCGCGAGGAAAUCCAGGAGGAGAACCUUAAGACGGCCAACUGCACGCUGGCCAACACAAACUAUGUAAACAUCACCAAAAUGCUCACAGAUGUGUAGAGAAAUACUGUUUUCCUCCCCCGUCACCGCAGGAAAUGUAGAGCUGAGCAAUCAGACGGGACGGGUGUGCACCCUCCCACCUCAAGUGUGCUGGAAAAAUCAAGGCAAUAGAGUUCAGGAUGUUGAUGAUGCUAGAAAAAAUGAAUACAAAGACCAUCCGCUCACUCCUCCUCGCUCAUCCACUCUCACAGCUUGCCCUUAGAACUCCUGAUAACUGUCAAACAGAGUGAAAUUUCAAAUUUUGCAUUUCUGCAUGGAGUUGGCUUUUUUAUGUGUGUGUGGCUGUUUUAAAAAAAUAACAAUGCCUAAAAAGUUCCUGCUCACAACAGUAGCCAACAGUAGUGCACAAAAAGAAAAGAAAAAGGGAGAAACACAGCAAGAAAAAAAGGCUUUUAAAAGGAAAAAAGGCAACACGAGCCCUUGCUUCAGUCCCUCCGUCCCUCAUCUCCCAAGGCACACUGCUCUGCCAUGCGCUUUCUGAAGAGCCCUACUUGCGCGCUACAUAUGCUGCUUCCUGGAGCCAAUGAAACUGUCUCACGCCACACCAUUUAGAAAUAAGAGGAUGUGUGAGCAUAAAGCGAGCCCGGCGCCCCGGCGCUGAUAUGGCCCGUGGGCGACUUGUGACGAGGUUGGUGGUUUUAGGUACACCAUGUUAUUUCAAGGAUGAAUGACAGCCAUCGGCGCUUAGCUCAUGGUUCGACACCUUCUUUUUCCCAGCAGACAUCAGUAUCUGAUGAAUGACUGAGGAUGGCCUUGACUUUUCACUGCUUUGGUCUUACAUGUACUGUUAUAUGUAUUGCAAUGCAAGCUUCCCCCUUUCCAUUCACCCAAAACUGGUCUUACUGCAGAGCUUUGAGGACAACUUGAAUGUUUCUUCUUGUUUUGUUUGUUUUUCACAGUUUUUCACACACACACACAGAGUACUUAUUCCAAUAUAUAGAUAGGUUAACUGUGACUUAACUGAUAGCUGCUAGGUAGAUAGGUGCUGUUAGUAGUAAACAUAGUCAGUAGAUAAUUGCAUGACAUUUUUAUCCGAAUGAGAAUUUCCACUUGUUUCUCGACUGCCACUUGCUUCAUCCCACCACUGUAUAUUUAUCUGUACACUGCCUUCUACGUUUUAAAAGGAUGCCUGCAGGUAGCUGUCAUAAGAACCUAAAAGCUGUAUGUUAGAGGACUUCUUAAGGAAUAAUCAUAAGGCCAAAUCCCACACGUAAGGGGAUGCGGUGUCCUCGUCGAUAUUAACAUUCCAUGUUAGAAGUCAUCGCGUUAAACUUUUCGCCAGGUUAGAGUUCAGUCGUAAACUCACACUCUCUAGUUUCGGACAUUAAUCCCAGUUGCAGACGUGAUAGACUUGCAGCGCUGUCUUUUUCACAGGUUCGUCACACGAUCACGUCCUCAUGAUCAAAAUAGCAACUUUUAAGGAUUCGUGUAUAGAAUAACGCUUCCCACCCCUCUCAAACUGCCUUUUUAUCUGGAUAUACGCUAAUCUCCUAGUGUUGCAUGACCUCAAAAACAUUCCUAGAAGCAUGCAUUUGAGAUCAAAGAAGAAGAAACCAGACACAAAAAAAAGUAUAACUAUUACAAUAGAUAUAUUUAUUACUUAUAUAAAAUAUAUGUAUAAAGACAGGACGCAUAUACAGUACACUUUUAUCGGAGAAUUAAAAAACUUAAAAUAGCAAUGUUUAAGAGAAAGCAAGAGCCUUUCCACAAUGCGCACAUCAUUGCCAUGUUUUUGUUUUUAAUGCUGAUAAUAAUAAUGGUUCUGAGCACAGUUUCUAUGUUCUCCUGUUUCAGAGCCUGUUGAGAGUGCCAAAGACGCACUCUUAACUGGCCCUUUCAAAAGCAUAUUCUUUGUAAGUGUUUUUUCCAGCGAAUCUGACACGCUUUUAGAUACGAAAGCUUCACUUAGUAAAAAAAAAAAAUACCUUCUGUGAGCUAAUUGUUGAAAGGCAGGUUGUUGCU